UGUCUUUCCACCCUUCGGCUUCCUCCCAUCUUGCUUCACUUCCGCCCUAUGCUCCAUAUAAUAUCCCUUGCCCGUGCCUCGCAUGCACUUUCCUAGUAUAAAAAGGCUAUGGAUCUGCCUUCCAACAGCUGAAACAAAUGCUUCCGUGCACUGAUACUUGUCCACACGGUCCGAGCGUAUUUGCUUGCUGCUGUCACAGGAAUAAAAGGCUGGAGGCUGACGGCUACCAUCACCCCCAUUAAUUAAUCAUCCAGAAAACCAUCUGCAUACAUCUUGAUUUGAUUUCUCGUCACCUUUACACCCAACCUUACCGACUUGCUCUACAAUAGCAUCCCGCAUUCUACCGUCUUCAAUCUUCACUCCUUUGCCCCUUCGCCUACGACGGCGAAUCGCGAGCUCGUGACCCACCCCCUUUUUCGUCGUCACUUCAACCAUCUUUUUCCCAUCGUCCACCUUAUCUCAUUCACCAUGGGCUGCACUCAAUCUACCGAAGACGCUGCGGCCAAAGCGAGGAGUGCCGAAAUCGACGAGCAGCUGAAGAGAGACCGUGCCAAUUUGAGAAAUGAGAUCAAGAUGCUUUUGCUGGGCGCGGGUGAAUCAGGAAAGUCAACAGUGCUCAAGCAGAUGCGUCUGAUAUAUAACAAACCGUAUGAUGCAGAAGAAAGGGACAGCUAUCGUGAGAUUGUCUACUCUAACACUGUCCAAUCCAUGCGAGUUCUUUUGGAAGGUGUGCAGUUUAUGGACAUCCCCAUUGACACCUCAAACCAAUCUCGAUGGGAACUUAUCAUGGCUGCACCACCCCAAAUAGAAGGAGAUGUCUUCCCUCCCAAGUUGACGGACGCGGUAGCUGGAUUAUGGAAAGACUACGGCGUGCAGCAAGCGUUUUUUAGAAGGAAUGAAUUGCAGCUGAACGAUUCUGCACCAUACUACUUUGAUGCUAUUGCCAGGAUCGCCCAACCAAACUACAUGCCUACAGAUCAGGACAUAUUAAGAGCCAGAGUCAAGACCAUCGGAAUCACCGAGACCCACUUCAAGAUCGGAGAGCUAACGUAUAAACUCUUCGAUGUUGGUGGUCAACGGUCGGAACGACGAAAAUGGCUGAAUAUCUUCGACUCUGUCACCGCGCUCGUUUUCUUGAUCGCUAUCAGCGAAUAUGAUCAAAAGCUAUAUGAAGACGAGACUGUCAAUCGUAUGCAAGAAGCCAUGACACUCUUUGAAUCCGUCGCCAACUCUCGAUGGUUCACCAAGACUUCAAUUAUCCUCUUCCUUAACAAGAUUGACAUAUUUCGUGAAAAGCUGCUUGUAUCACCUUUAUCAAAUACUUUCCCCGACUUCAGAGGAGGUAAUGACUACGAUAUGGCUUGCUCCUUCUUGCUUGAGAAGUUUGUGGGAUUGAAUAAUAACCCUUCAAAGAGCAUCUAUGCUCAUUACACAGAUGCCACGGAUACCAAGGCUCUGAAGUUCGUCAUAUCUGCUAUCAACGACGUAAUCAUCCAGGUCAACCUUCGAGACUGUGGUCUCCUCUAAUCCCGUCAAUCUGCAAGCAUCUUACCCUUACCUACUAGGGGCGCACCAUUUCCCUUCCUGCUUGUACAUAUAGUUUUUUUAUUAUCUUUCUGUAGAUUUAAACUUCCUAUGUCAGAUACUUCCGUAUGCAUUUCGCUUCUGCAGUUUUA